AUGUCCAACUACGGCUUACCCGGCAGCAGCGGCCCCGCCGAGGCAGAGACCAAUCCCAAGUUCGAGUCGCUGCUGGCCCAGCUUCGUCUACAGUCGUCCCCCAGUCCCGGCCCCGACUUUCACGGCAAGUUCGACUACAACGGCGGCGGCCAGCAGUUCUACGGCCAUCUCUCGAAUCCCGACUCUCCCAACCCUCAGGCCCAAGCCCAGGACGGCGCCCACCCGCCUGCCUUCCUCCCCGAAGCGCCUACACCGCCAGUCGGCUUUUCCCACGCCCAGUUCCCACCCGGCUUGAUGAAUUCAAUGACCGUUGCCCGUGGCGGCGGCGCUGGGGCCGGGGCCGGGGCUGGGGCCGAAGAUGACCGGACGGCCCACCUGCUGAACCUACUCAAGUACAGCGGACAGAGCGGUCCUCCGACCACCCACCCGCUGCCGGCUCGGGAGCCGCCAACGAACGUCGCACCGGCGCCAAUCGCGCCUCCUGUCAUCCAUGCUCCCGCCCCCGUGGCUGCCGAUCCGACCGGCUUGCUCGCUGCCCUUAUGAAGGGCAACGUGCAGCCCGAGCCAGCGAGGCCGGGCCCCAACUCGUCGACGUGGAACCAAGCGUCCCCUCCUUCGGACACGCAACAAUACUUGCUCAACCUGCUCAACAGGCCAAAGCCCAGUCAGCACGACGCGCCCGAUUUUGUCGAGUCGAGCCUGCUGACCCCGCCCCCUCUCGCGGACGAUGCGGACGACUCAAAGAAUGUCGAACGCUCGCAUGGCGCCCGCUCUGGUGACGCCACCCUGGUGGGCACAGUAGCAUCACGGUCCGAGUUCGAUUUCGAGCCCAAGAACCUCGAAUCGCAGUUUACGUCGACCCCGCGUUCUCAGCACUCCCACCAGUCAGCUUCCAGGCCGCCUGUUCCGCCCUACUCAGACCAUUUCGACGGUCUCUCGGGAUCCUCGCCGAUCCACCGGACCCCAAAGUCUUCGACGACUCCCGAAGCUUCGAGCUCGGCUGUCGGCGCCGGGCAGCCACCCGCACCCGUGCCGAUCCAGAUUCUCAAAAAGCCCGAAGCCGCUCAAUCAUCCUACGAGCAAAAGCGUCCACUCAGCGAUUCCGGUGCUACCCACAGCCCGGAACACACCAAGCGCAAGCUGGAGCAUCCCGUCUCCCCCUCUCAAAACGGUGCCGCCGCCGCCGGGCUCGGCGAGCCGGGUGUCUCACCUCCGUCGCAUCCCACCGGGCGGACACCGCAUCCAGCCCCGGCCUCCAGCCACGUAUCGGGCGAGGCCAAGAAGGAGAGCGUCGCGGAUGCCGUCGUUGGACUGGCGGAGCCGGCCGACCGAGAAGCCAGGGAGGCUCUGGCCCGCGCAGGGCAGGAGCAGGCACAAACUGAGUCUCCCGAGCAAGUCACGGACGCGAGGAAGGAUGACGCGUCUGCGCAGGCCAUUCAGGCCGCCUCGCCCCACGUCAAGAAGCAGCUCGUCGAGGAAGAUAACAGGACCGCUGUCGUGGACCCCUCUCUCCCCCCCGACACCGCCGAGGAACCCAAGGACAGCGGAGAUGACGCUGCCCUGCUGGCACAGGGAGCCGUAGCCGACAGCUGGGAGAGCGCCGAGGCCGACGAGAUGGCCGUGGUCGAGGAGACGGCCUCCCCCGUCACUGUAUACAACUUCCCCAUGAUGCCGUGGAUCACGAUUAGCCUGCGCGAGAUCGACCAGCCCCGACCUGUGUUCCGCGAAGAAGCCAUCCUCGAUAUCGCCCGCCUGAAGAAGGACUUCGACCAGGUCGACCGUAAUCUCGUGUCGGCUUCCGAGACGUACAUGGCAUAUGGGAUGUCCAAGGCCGGCGGUCUGCGGGUCAUCAGACAGGAGGACGGUAAGGAUGCCAAGCUCUUCACCGACACCAAGGACCGCAUCUUCAAUGUUGCCAUCUCGACCUCUCCCGACCACCAGCAUCCCAAGGAGGCCAUCAUCGGCACCGGCGUCAGCGGGACUGUCUACUGGGCCCGGCUCAAGAACGGUGACCGGGACCACCUGGAGGAUGCGCACCCGGAGCAGGACGGCUUCGCCCUGCCUCCAAUCUCCGCCCAGGAAGGUGGCGAUACCCCUGGCGGCGUACUUAAGACGCGCGCUCGCCCCUCCUCCAUGCACCCCGACUUCUUCGCGGUCGGUCGAGGCAAGUCGAUCAACAUCAUCUGGCCAUCGUUCAUCUUCAACAACAACCUGUUCAAGAAUGGCCACGGCCGGGUUGUCGACACCGAGAAGCUUCUGAAGCAAUGCUCCCUGAAGGUCAACACGGGCAAGGCCGGCAAGGAUUUCACCUUCAGCCCAGACGAUACCGUCAUCGUUUCGCUGGACAAGUCCGGGCGAGUCAAGUUCUGGGAUGUCCGAGACCUCACGGCCGCGAGGGAAGGGUCGGACCCUCUGGAUCCUAUGCCGGCGCGGACAUCGCUCGAGAUCAGGGAGCCGCUCAUGACCCUGACUACCACCCCUGAGGGCGAAAAGGCGUGGCCCACGUCAGUCUUGCUGCUGGAUAAGUUCCGACCGUACCAGAGACGUGCCGCCCUGAGAUACAUGAUCGUGGGCAUGAAACAGAACCACACCCUCCAGCUCUGGGAUCUCGCCUUGGGAAAGCCGGUUCAGGAGUUCAACUUCCCGCACAACAAAGAGUCCGACGCCGUGUGCAGCGUCAUGUACCACGCGCCGUCCAGCAUGAUCGUCGUCGGCCAUCCGACUCGCAAUUCCAUCUACUUCCUCCACCUGUCGGCACCCAAGUACUCGAUGAGGCACCUGUCGCAGGUUGAAUACGUCCAGCUCCUAGUCGCUCAGGAUCCAUCGAUUCCACAGCCCGAGUCGACUGCCGUCAUUAGCGGUAUUCGGGAGUACUCAUUCGCCAAUAAGGGUGCCCUCCGCAGCCUCAGCAUCCUCGAGAACCCUGCUGCGUCUGCCGACGGUGAUGAGCCGACUCUCUUUGAGCUGUAUGCCAUGCACUCGAAAGGCGUGACAUGCUUGUUCAUCAAGCAAUCCGAGCUGGGCUGGACUAAGGACAACAAAGUGAUUGCUCCUGCCGAUGCCGUGGAAGUUGGGCUUGCCAAGAUCUCCAAGCUUGUGGCCCCAUCUCCGGCUCAACCUGCGGAGACACAAAAUUCUUCUGUCGCCGUCGGUGAUGCUACUGCAGCGCCCCAGAUCCGGAUUGCCACGCGUGGCGCCAAGGACGCCGCGACCAAGAUCUCGUCCCCGGAGAGCGAUGAUAAGAAAGGACCAGAGUCCUUGACCCCGCCGAAACUUGAGCGCAAAGAUGAGGUCGAGACACCCGUGCCAGCUCCGGAGAAAAACGAGAAAAAGGGGCGGAAGAAGAAGGGCGGCGGCGCUGCCGCCGCGGCGGCUGCGGCUGCUGCUGCUGCUGCUGCUGCCAGCUCUACCGAUCGUGGCGACCACGCUCCGUCCACGACCGACGUUGCUCGGGCGCCUUCGCAAAGCAAAGCUAACAAACCUACUCGCAACGCCGACGCUGGUGCCGAAGCCGCGUCGAGCAGGUAUGGGCCAGAUAUGCCCGUCGCUUCCAGCACGAUCUCUCCCGAACAACUCGACUCCGUAGUCUCCAAGUUGGAGGCACGCAUCGUCUCCAAUAUCUCGGGUCGCUUUGACACUGUCUUCCACGAGAUUUUGAGGAAGAUGCAAAGUUUCCAGGACAACCGCGACUCUGCCUUCGCGAGCAACCAGUCUACGCUCCUGCAGAUGGUGGCGGAUGUGCUGAAUGAGAACACAGAAGCCGUCCUCAAGAACCUGAUCAUCGCUCAAAUUAACAACAACGUCAUCCCCUCGGUUCGCGGCGCCAUAGACAAGUCAGUCUCGGAGCAGCUGAGCGCGAAAUCGAGCGCCCAAAUGAGCGCGAUCCAGAAGGAAGUUCAGAGACUCCUUCCGAGCGCCGUCGGUCAGGCUAUGCAGAAACCCGACGUGGGCAAGGCGAUUUCGGACAAGAUCUCGCACGGUGUCACUUCCCAGAUCGAAGCUCAGAUUUCCAGGUCCCUGAAUGCGCUCAUUCCUGCUCUGGCGAAGACGACGGCUCAGAGCGUCCAUCAGCGCAUCGUCGAGGAUGUCAACGGUCGAAUCCGCGAGGCUUUCGAGCAGCUCGAGGAGCGUCGUCGCGGCGAAAACGCUAAACUAGACAGGCUCAUUGCCCAGACGCAGGAUCUCGCUAACGCUGUCUCCUCCUUGGCAGCGUCCCAGGCGCAGAUGCAGAAGGAGCUGACAGCUCUGAGGCAGCAAGUCAACGACAAGGCGCGCGAGAGGGCCUCGGCGGCCGAGGGACAUGUGCACAGCCACGCUCAUUCGCACGGCGGCACCGGCUCCCACGGUCCGCCCGCCAACGCUUCGAGGGAGUUGGUCAACUAUCCACCUCCCCAGCAUCAGCACCAGCAUCAUCAUCAUCAGCCCCAGCAGCAAGCCCCUGCUACGCACUCGCACCAGACCCAUGCGCCGUAUCCGCAGCAGCAUCAACAUCAGUUCGGAAACCAAGAGGGGCAGGUGGUCUUCGCACCACUCAGUCGCGAGGAGCGUCAGAAGAUGGAGCUCGACAACCUGGUCGAGUCGAUUGACGGGCUGAUGCGUUCCGGCAAUUACGAUGAAGCGAUGCUUCGCUGGCUGCAGCAGUCGGGUGACCACAUGGAGGAGAUUUUCCAGCAGGUGAUCUCCAACUACAGCCCUGUCUUUGUCCAAGAGUUGCAGCCUCUCCUCCUGCUGUCUGUAGGCGCGACGAUCUCGAGUGACCUGAGCCGCAGCUCGCAGAAAUUGAUGAAGAAGGUCAGCCUCUUGGAAGUUGUUAUCUACGCUUUCAACCAGAAUCUGGGCUCCUUGGAUGACCAAGUCCGAGAGGUCACGCCCAAGAUCAUGUCUAUGUUGAAGAUGCGGAUCGAACAGCUCUUCCUAGAGAUUAGCCGCAUCGCACCACACGAUCCAGCCUUGAAGACGCUCUCUAGCAUGAGCCAAGUCGCCGGCCGGAUAGCCGAGAGUGUCCAGCUGCGUCACGGCUCAAUGCACGCCCCUGGCCACAUGGGCGCCCCAUACUGA